CAGAUCUAAGCGCUGGAAAGGGCUUAGUCACUUGACUAAGCACCACCCCAUAGUUAAAGAAUCCGGACCCGUUGAUGGAACCGAGGACCUUGUCCUCCACACCAGCUAGGCUAGCCUUCUUUCGCAGGGAAUGGGAAGUUAGCCAAACAGAAACGAGUUUUAUCUUGACCAUUGACUUUUGACUCUCUCAAAACCCAACUGAAGGUGCAGAGAACAAGAGAAGAAGGUCGGGACGUCAGACGAGGGAGGCAGAGUUUAAAAUAAACAGAGAAUCGUGGAAACAAAUUUUUUAGUAUAUAUAAAUGCCGGCAGUUGUUCGUUGGCUCCUAUAUUUCAAAAACACGAAUGCCUUCUCCGAUUCGUGUACCAAUAGCAAUGCUCGCCACGUUCCGCGCGCAGACAUCCUUGAAGCCUCACGGCGGCCUGUUCAGACUUCUCCUCUCGACAAAUCCGCCGCGGCAUUCUGUUCUGCUUUCUCCGUCGUGGGUUCCAUCCAUUCCGUCCGGUAGAACCAACACUACCACGACCAGCAGUGGCAAAGAGAGAGUUUAUUCCUCAACAAGAGUACAGAACAAGAACAUGUCUUCUUCUUCCGUAAAAAGUGUUGUGGUUCCAACAAUGGCUAAUGAGGAUCGCCACGUUGAUGGAGGAGUGAAGGAAGAGAUCAAAUUGUUAAAUGCAACAGAGGAUUGGUUUGGGGGAGUGACUGUGGUAGCGAGUGAGCAUACGCAAGUUGCGGAUUUCAUGCCUCGACUGAGACAUUCCAUCUCCAAAUGGAAGGAACAGGGAAGGAGAGGACUUUGGAUGAAGUUGCCAAUUAACCAGUCUCACCUAGUGGAUCCAGUAGUUAAGGAAGGGUUUAGGUUUCACCAUGCUGAAUCUGAUUAUGUGAUGCUUGUGCGUUGGCUGCCUGAAGACGAACCUGAUACUCUCCCAGUCAAUGCCUCUCAUCGAGUUGGUAUUGGGGCACUUGUGCUUAACGAAAACAAAGAGGUAUUGGUAGUCAUGGAGAAGAAUGGAGGUUUCAAAGACACAGGGUACUGGAAGAUGCCAACUGGUGUAGUUGAUGAGGGCGAAGACAUCUAUGCAGCUGCAGUAAGAGAAGUGAAAGAAGAAACGGGAAUUGACGCCGAAUUUGUCGAAAUUUUAGCAUUCAGGCAAAGUCACCAGUCGUUCUUCAGCAAAUCAGACAUGUUUUUUGUCUGUAUGAUGCGUCCACUUUCUUCAAACAUCACUGUUCAGGAAUCAGAGAUUGCUGCAUCUAAGUGGAUGCCGAUCGAUGAGUAUGUUGAACAACCUUACAAUAAGAAGCAUGGACAGUUCAGGUAUGUUGCUGAGAUCUGCAAAGCUAGAGCAGAGGGAACAUAUAUUGGUUUCUCUGCGUUGCCAGUCUCAUCAGCUUCUGGCAAGGAUGUUUACCUCUACUACAACAAGCAGGACUGCAGCGGAUGAUUGUAGGCACGUCUCUAACUCUGGUCUCGCAUCAAAUUCAUCUAUUAUAUUUAGUGUCGGAACUUUGGCCUCCUCCCAAUUAUAACAUUGUGGAGUAAAUCUAUGUUGGCAGUUGAAAUAUUCAAUCUUUAAGCUCGCCUAUCCCGUUUUAAAACAUUUGUAACUUUUUCUUAAUGACUUGCCUGUAUUCAAAAGGGUUAAUAGUCCCUGUGCCUCUAUUAUUUAUGGCCAAAUUCACUUGCAUAGCCAAAACUUUGACGGUUGUGACAAAUAUAGCCAAUUUUGGAGAAAUACCAGAAAUAGCCAGAUUUUUGAAAGUUCGAUGACAAAUAUA